GUCCGAGGCCGGAAGUGCGUGGGCUGCCGGGCUGGCCCAGCUUAGGGUUUUCAGGAAAUUUGGAAGCUGCGGCAGUAGUUGGAGUCUAAGGACUCGUGACAAUCUUCGGGUGCCCUCCGAGAGAAAAGGGGAGGAUGCCACUGGAGUCAUCCUCUUCAAUGCCACUAUCCUUCCCAUCUCUCUUACCCUCAGUACCACACAAUACUAACCCUUCCCCUCCUCUGAUGUCUUACAUCACCUCCCAGGAGAUGAAGUGUAUUCUUCACUGGUUUGCCAAUUGGUCAGGUCCCCAGCGUGAACGUUUCCUAGAGGACCUGGUAGCUAAGGCAGUGCCAGAAAAAUUACAACCACUGCUGGAUAGUCUGGAGCAGCUUAGUGUGUCUGGGGCAGACCGACCACCUUCUAUCUUUGAGUGCCAGCUACAUCUUUGGGAUCAGUGGUUUCGAGGCUGGGCUGAGCAGGAGCGCAAUGAAUUUGUCAGACAGCUGGAGUUCAGUGAGCCAGACUUCGUGGCAAAGUUUUAUCAAGCAGUGGCUGCUACAGCUGGUAAGGACUGAUAGGCAUUCAGACCAAAGAAGAUAACCAUAGCUGAUGGAGCCAUGACUCUCUACAAUGAUAACUCAAUUCAAAUGUGUCGCCUAAAGCUCUGGAACUGGUAUUCCAACCAGCUGACUGAACUCACUGACCAGUACAGGCAUGGUUAUUUCAACAUUAAUAGCAUGUCAACUGGACUCCUCUUUGUAAAUGUUAUCAAUCUAAGCAAUCCAGCUCAUCAGUCUACUAGUUUGCUUCUUUCCGAGAGAUGUCAAGUCCUCAAGAAUUUGAUGGCUUCUUCUGCAGCUAUAACCACAAGGAACCUACACAUUGUAACUCAAGUCCACUGCUGGCUCAUGAAAUGUGUAAAGUAGAACCCUCCUUCCCAAGAAAUAAGACAGGACAAUAAAAGGUGGCGUUUUUGUACUUUA